AUGUGUCAUUCCCAAAUUCAUCUCCUCGCGCCCAAGCACUUCCAGUUAUGCUCGCCCGUGGUGCCAAGACUCUGGGCCGGAUGACGUCUUCACGCGCAGCCGCCUUCUCCACAGGCGCCGACAUCUCGUACGCCAACCUGCAGGUCGAGCGCACCUCGAACCCCAAGCCCAAACUCCCGAAGGAGCAGCUUAAAUUCGGCAAGACGUUCACGGACCACAUGCUCGAGGUGGACUGGGAACUGGGCAAAGGCUGGGGCAGCCCCGUGAUCCACCCGUACGGCCCUAUGGCCCUAGAUCCGGCCAGCGCCGUGCUGCACUACGCACUCGAAUGCUUCGAAGGCAUGAAGGCGUACGUGGACGCCGACGGCCAGAUCCGUCUCUUCCGUCCGGACAUGAACAUGAAGCGCCUCAAUAACUCCAUGAAGCGUCUGUUGCUGCCGGAAUUCGACGGUGACGAGCUCACUAAGUGCUUGGAAGAGCUCAUCCGCCUGGACAAGGACUGGGUUCCCAAGGGCGAGGGCUACUCGCUGUACAUUCGUCCCACGGGCAUCAGUACCCAGGCAUCCAUCGGUGUGGGUGCCAGCGAGAAGGCCAAGCUUUUCAUCAUCCUCUCGCCUGUGGGUCCGUACUACCCCGAGGGCUUCAACCCCGUGAAGCUCUGCGCUAACGACCGCUACAUCCGUGCGUGGCCUGGUGGCACCGGUGGUUUCAAGGUCGGUGCGAACUACGCCCCCGGUAUUCUGCCCCAGUUCGACGCCCAAGAGCAGGGUUACUCGCAGAAUCUGUGGAUCUUCGGCCCUGAUCACGAGAUCACCGAGGUCGGUACUAUGAACCUGUUCAUCCACUGGAUCAAUGAGCAGGGCGAGAAGGAGCUGAUCACGCCCCCGCUUACCCGUGGUGACAUCCUGCCCGGUAUCACGCGCGACUCGAUCCUGCACCUCACACGCGAGUGGAACGAGUUCAAGGUCACGGAGGGCAACAUCAACAUGAAGCAGCUGCAGAAGGCCAGCAAGGAAGGACGCAUCAUUGAGAUCUUCGGCUCUGGCACGGCCGCCGUGGUGUCCCCCGUGUCCACCAUCAACUACAUGGACGAGGACCUGGCCAUCCCGCUGGACGGCACGGACGGCAAGGCUGGCAAGCUAGCCGAGCGCGUGUGGAAGGAGCUGUCCGACAUCCAGUACGGCCGUCGCGAGCACCCGUGGUCGAUCGUUGUGGACUAAGCUUUAGAGCAGUGACAGAGGAUGUUGAGAUACUAAAGACGUUGUGGUUGGUAGGAUUGUCGAGACACUGCGAAUGGAGACGCGUUGUGAGAGUAAGUAUCAAUGCGACUCUUUUUGCUUACAUUGGUGCGAUGUUCUGCU